CAGCUCAGGGUGGCCAUGGCGGAGUGCAGCAACUCCGGGUGCAGCAGACUGUGGACGCCAUGGUGAAAAGCGUAGAGAAAGAGACCAUCCGGAAGAUGCAGGGCCUCGUGUUCCGGCGUAGCGCCAACUGCUGUGAGGACAACCAGGCAUCUAUGCAGCCGGGGCACCAAUGCCUCGAGCGCUGCCAUGCGCCUUUGGCUCAAGCUCAGGCCUUGGGGACCAGUGAGCUGGAAAGGUUCCAGGACCGCCUGGCCGGGCGCACCAUGCGUUGCAAAGCCAAAGCCAAAGACUCGAUAGACACAGGAAACAAGGAGCUGCAGGUGAAGCGGCAGCUGGACAGCUGUGUGGCCAAGUGUGUGGACGACCACAUGCACCUCAUCCCAACAAUAGCCAAAAAGAUGAAGGCGUCUCUGUCAUCCAUCGGGAAAGAAAAUGGUUUGCCAGUGACCGUGGGGCUGAGGGCAUGCUAUUUAAAAGGAAGAAUGGAAGUUUAGCAAUGUUUACAAGCAGUGUUGAUGAAUGAGGAAAACCCAGGACACAGCAAGUUCCAGGCAAAUGCCACUCACCUCUGGACACCAGUUCCUUUGCAUCUGGAUCUUAGAAGGUGAAGUGGAAAGAAGC